AUGUCGUCCGGGAACCCCUUUCGCGCCUCGCAGGCGUUUGCCCAGCCCGCGCCCGGCCCGCACGCUUCCUUUGUCAACAUGACGGCCGACGUGCGCGUGUCCGAGGCUCGCUGGGGCGACAGCGACCAUGUGCUCGACGACGCUGCCACGCCGCCGCCCCGGACCAAGAAGUCUGUCCGCAUAGUGUCUCCCACCACCACCAUCCCGCCGCCCCAGCCCGACUUGGACGACGCCAGCGCAACCCUCAACGAGCUCCAGGCCCGGCGUGCGAGCCAACCGCCGCCUGCGAGCCCGCCGCCGCCUGUGACGCCCGCCGCCUUUGCCACCCACCCGCUCACGGCGGGCGACGCCAAUGCGCACGUCAUAGGCAAAGAUGCCAUGGCCAUGGCAGACGCUCUGCCCGCCACUCGAGCCUCGUUCGGCGCGCCCUCGCCACGCAGCAUGCCGGCGAAUCCCUUUGCGAAGACGCUGGCGUCAUUGGAACCGCACGAGAGGGAGGCCGGCCCGGACGAGCGGGCGCAUGCGCAGCGGCUGGCUGCAGGCAACAACAACAACAACAGCAACACCAACCGAGCAUCCCUCGACGUGGAGAGCUUCAAGAACCUGCUCAUGACGGGGCGCCCGACUCCGCGUGCUUCCGGCCCAUCUGCGCAGCCGGGAAGCGCCCCGCACUCGGCCAGCAGCGCGCAGUUUGAGAGCAGCAGCAGCACAGAUGCCUCGUCCAUAUCACGGCAGUCGAUAUCCGAGCUCCCCCAAGAGACGCUCGCCGACUCGUCGCGCACCUCGGACGACACGGCAGGCGACGACGACGACGAGCACAUGGGGCUGGCCGUGGAGGCGAAGAAGGGCAAGAAGAAGCCCCCGCCCGCACCAAAGCCUCGCCACGGCAAGCCGGUCGCCCCGAGACAGCCGCAGGUGGUUUCGUUCGACGACUUUGAAGCCACCGAGCCUGCGCCCACGCCAGGCAUCAGGCGGACAGACAGUUCGGACGCGUACAAGCCGCUUCCGCCGACUCCGAGUGCCCACCAGCAGCAACCGCCGACACAGGGUGCCUCGCCCGAUUUCACCCCGCCCCAGUCACGGCCAUUGUCAUUGCGACUCGAUGAUGUCCCAAGGCCGUCGAGCGAGCAGGCCAGGCCAAAGAAGGCGCCUCCGCCUGUACCACUAGCGCGGAGACAAAGCCAGCUGAAGUCGACGUCCCUGGAAAGCCGACAGCGCAGCAGUUCAAACCUCACCAUAUCCUCACAGCAUUCCGUCGAUCCUCCGCAAACCCCAACAUCAAUCAGCCAUGACCCAAUGUCAAGCGCAAAGUCUCCACCCCCUCCGCCGCCCUCGCGAUACGGCGCGCGACUGGCCAAUCUCGCAAACUCGAGCGCCAAUUCCUCCAGCACAGAGCUAGCUCUCUCCUCCAGUUCCAUCCGAGCACCCAGAUCCCUUCCCGAUCCGCCUUCGCACCGCCUCAGCAUGCUCGAACUCGACGGCUCCUCAUCACCAGCAUCCAGCAUGCACCGCACCUCUUCCGUCUCGUCCAGCCGCAACAUGGCGCGCAACGUAUCAGGCGGCAGCACAGGCUCCCAAAUGCCCCCGCCACCUCCCCCGCGGCGCCGGCAAUCCAACCGCUCCAGUUUGGAUCAACCGCGCCCACUCCCAAAUUCCCUGUCGUCUCCCACCGAAAGCCGCCGCACCAGCACAGAGUACCGCCGCGCCAGCCACGAGCACCGCCGCACCAGCAUCACCAGCGAAACCUCGUCGCUCCACAGAUCCUACGCUAAACCAGAACACGAACACGCCCUGUACUCGCCUGCGGAUGAAAAUGAGAGAAUCCUGGAAUUGCAAGUGCCGCAUGCUCCUACUACUGCUGUUAACCAUGCUGCUUCUACUACCGAUACAGAUAGUACGGUUGUGGACUCGAACACUACUGCUACGAAUGCAAUAGCUGCGGCAGCAAGCACGAAUUCUAGUAGUAUCCUCGAUGAUAUGGAGAGGUUUCAGCGUGAAAUUGAAGAGUUAAGAGUGCGGUACAAGCAUGUUGCGUAGGAGCAGUGUUGUUUGACUAGAGGAGGACGAGGAAGUGGCAGGAGAGGAUGGUAAGGGGAGUAGGAGGAUGAACUGAGGAUGAGGAGCCAUCGAAAAGGCCGAUGCUUACUCAUGUCAUGCCUUUUUUUUUCUCCCUCUCCUUUUCUUUUUUUGAAUUUUUGUUAAAGCGGGAUACACAGUUGCUAAGCUGUUGAGCUGUUGAGCUCCAGUGAGAGUAAGUGAGUGUGAGAGUGUGUGAGAGCUGGAAACCAAUUGUAGCCAAUAGCAUAAUCCAGGAGAGGGGUAGGGACCUUGUAUAUAUAGUAUCCAGUCA